GGUCGCACUACGGUCUUCCACCAAACCUCAUCCUUUCAAAAAAUUUGAUUGCCAAUAAUCCAAAAGAAAAAUAAAUAAUUGACUUGAACCAUGGAGGACCUUGUGAAAAUGUGCCGAGUUUGCAUGGGCGAGGCGGAGGAACUGCUGGGCAUCUACGACAACAAGAGCUUCGCAGACGGCCUGAGCGCCGAGCUGAAGAAGACCAAGGAGCCGGAGCCCACGCCGGCCGACCUGAUGCGGAGCUGCAGCUCGGUGCCGGUCUCUUCCGGCGACUGCUUCCCCCUGAAGAUCUGCGAGCCGUGCCUGAGGAAGCUGCGCGACGCCCUGCUAUUCAAGAUGCGCUACGCCAAGAACGUGGCGUGCCUGCGACGCGUGAAGUCGGAGAAGAAGGACCAGGAGACAUGCGAUCUGCUGGAGGCCGAGGACUGGAGCCUGGUGGAUCGCAUCAAGGACGAGGACGAGGAGGAGGACGAGAACAAGAACGACCUGCAGCCGAGUGCGAAGAAGGUCAAGGAGGAGAAGCCGCGUCCCUUCAAGUGUCCCGACUGCCCGAAGAGCUUCACCGGCAAGGCGCAGCUCACCAUGCACAGCCGCACCCACACCAAGGGGAAGGGUAAACGACGAUCGGUUAAGUAGCAUCCUCUGCGUAUCGCACAGCUUUAGGUUAGGCGCUUGGCAAGCCAAAUGUUCUAUCCUCUAUGUUCUAUAUUAAAACAUUAUCAUGUUGCUUUAUGUUAAGUUGCAAUCGACGAUUAUAUUUAUAAGAAAACCAUCUGUUGACCAAUUCAUGACAUACUCAUUCUUCCACGAAACAAACUUUUAGCCUUAUUUAAAAAGAAUUUCAUUAAGACACCUAAGAAAUACGUGUUAUGAUCGGCUUUUUUAAGAACUACCACUAAGAUGACCAACUAUGUACACUUGAUACGAGUGGAUUAAAAUGCUUAAGUUGUAAUACAAUUUAUUCCUAAGUAUUUUGGGUAAGGGCUUCUACUAGAGAGUAAUAACAUUUAAAAAACUUAAAAAUAUGUAAGUAGGUAAAUACACUGUAAAGGGGUUUUAAAACUAGAGAUUAUGCAUUUUUUUGCUACUUAAUAUGGUUAAAAAUAAACGCAUAUAAAUAUAA